UACCUACAGUGUACCGUCUUAUCGCAGAAUGGGUGACAUUAAAACUAAUGUGUCUGAAGUGAAGUAUGUGAAUGUGUACUGAUUGGUGAAACAGUGAAAAUGACGGGGAAAUUAAUCAACACACCUCUGAUCAGAUCUGUUGCCCUCGCAGCGGCGAUAAUAGGAACAUUCCAAGCCGCCAUAUGGUUUUCCUUUUCAUUAAUUUCGAUAUUACUUUACCAUUCAGUGAUCGAGAUCGACACCAAUUUAUCGUCGCACAAUUAUCUGCGUAUCAUCUACGAUGCAUUUUUAAAUCCCGAUAAAACGAACGAAGAUGUAAUAGUAACUGCAGACGCCUUUAAUAUUUUUAUGUACCUGUAUGUGAUAUCAAGCUUUGUAUGGCUAAUUGCUUCGCUAUACAUGAUGUGGGCCAUGAAGAGAAACAAAUGGGGCGGCAACUUUGUGGUUAUCAGCUUGUGGUCAGGAACAACGAUCUUGAUAGCGAUCCUUGACGUCGUGCUGAUGAGUUUGGUGGUUGCAGAUUAUGUAAACAUUCAGGAUUCGUUAGAUCUGCCAAUUACCCCUCCAGAGGUAACCGCAACAACAGCGAGUCCUUUUACAACAGAAGCGACUUCGACGAAGGGCCUCACUACAGUCCCAUCUACCCCAGAGGAAACAACUUUACCAUCCUCAUCUGCAUCCCCAUUAGACACGACAAUAACUACCCAAGAUCCAGGAGUUCAAGCUGAGUUAAUGUUGACUAAAUCCCUCUCAAAACUCAUUGUAACGGAUGCUAGCGUAUUCCAAGAUAUAAGUCAAGACGAGGUAUAUAAACAACUUCUCAACACUUCUUAUAUAAUUCUAGUGACUUUGGCAGCAAGAGGAUAUGUAUUGUGGGUAAUCAACGUCGUACUUGCCAUUAUUUUGAUAAAAUUCGCCGUUAACUUAUCAAAGAAUAAAACACCUUCACUUUUACCUAUGAUCGAUGGCUAUUCUACCGGACGACCUCCAUGGGGUAACAACCUAUACGAGCAAACGGACAUAGGCAACGGGUACUCCAACGGAGGCUUCGCCGACGACAACGACAGGACAGCCUUCCCCAGGAGCGAUUCCUUCGUCACUACUGAACCAGAGGGCAUGAACCAGAACCCUCUGAGCAACGGUCACAAUCCCUAUGCCCAGCAGAUGGAAAACCUAAGGCCGGUUUCGGACAACCCCAACAUAGUCAGCCCGAAGGUGGCCAAGAUAGGGAAGCAAAACGGGCGGAGGACUCCCCCAAGGAACGUGCCUCCGCCUAAUAUUCCUCACUCGAACUCGCCCUAUAUCCCAGAUCCGGACUAUUCGCCGCCGGGAAGUCCCUUGAAGCCGAAGUCCGUUUUGCGGCCGAGGAGCAACUACGUUUUAUAGAAACAGUCACUCAAUCGGAUUGAAUGAAACGUCAAACCUCCCCACGAGAGCUAAAAUAAUGCCUUGUCAACAAUGGGCUCAUAGCAAACGAUACGAACAAUCUACGAUCUUAAAAAUUAUCGAAAUAUGCCCAAAAAUCAAUACAUUUGCAGCCUAUCACAUAUCUCCAUAACAUUUCAAGACAAAAGUAUAGAGUACGUAAUCCUUAACAAUCAAAUUUUUGCCUAAAAUAAAGAACAACACUCGCUCUGUUUUGUAGACCAUGACAAACAAACCAAUUUCUUUUUUAAUGCCUAUCUUAAAAAUAUGAUAUCUUAAAACCUUUUUUGCAUGGUUGCAAAAUACACAAAUAAACAGGAUGUUUGAAAUUAAAAAAAAAUACCGCUUUUCUGUUUGUUCAACUAAUCAACAGGAAAAAUGAAAAUUUUUUUAUCGUUAUCAAUUGAUCCGCUCAUGGUAAUAAAUCUAUCAAUCGCAAAUCCGUUAUGCUUAACGUUCUUUUUACACACAAUACAAUAAUUUGUCAAGAGGCUAAAAUAGGCAGAUGUAUUUAUAAUAAUGGCAUGUGACGUAUCUGACCAGUAUCUGUUAUCUUAUUUAUUAAUACUAAAACUAAUAUAUUGUAAAUAUUUUUUAUAUAUAGUUAAUAGAGUUUUGUUUCUAGUGUUAUGA